AUGACUCGCCGAUUAGAAACCGCGACAUCCUUUCUCAAUGGCAGGCAUCAGCUUGAGCGAAGGCUGGCGGAAAGAGAUCAGAAGUUGUGCAAACAGCGUCCGAAAGCUUCAGCAGAUGAAGCAUGCAGAAAACUACGCAGCCAAAAGGAGACAGUAAUCUACUGGACUGUCAGAUGUCAGGACCAUGACCUAUUGAAACAAUUCUUGGGUAUUCCUAGUCUCAGCGCGAAUCUAGGCCAGCACCGAGAUGAAGAGGAGGACACAGAGCUGCACUGGGCGGCUCGCUUAGGAAAUGACACUGUGCUGACCCUUUUACUGGACGCUUGCCGCGACUCUGACUAUCUCGAAACCCAAAACAAGGCCAAGGAGACUGCCUUGUACGAUGGCAUUCGUGCCCAGUCCCUCGAAGUGGUACAAAGGCUGCUGCAAAAGGGUGCGAAGGUGAUGAUCUCAAACAUUGCUUCAUUUUCGCCUUUGCACUUAGCCGCGAAAAGGAAGAACGCAGCCAUAGCGCGGCUGGUAUGGGAUGAAAUCACAGACAAGGAGGACCAGCAGAGAAGCUUGACAGCUUUCACGGACGAGGGCAUGACCGUGCUCCACCAUGCUGCACGAGACGGACACAAAGACACAGUCGAACUGUUGCUGAAGGCCGGUGCCGAACCCAACGUCAUCAGUCACAGAGGCAAACGGCCGUUGCACUCUGCAGCUUCAAGAGGCAAGACAAAAAUCAUGGACCUGUUAUGGCGUGCAGGUGCUGCCACUAAUACAACAACAAACAAUGGCUACACUGUUCUACAUUGUGCAGCUGAAAAGGGUCAUUAUGAGGCAAUUUACAUAAUGCUCAACACAUGGACACUGGCCCAAGGUCAUAAAGGCUCGGGAUCGAGGAAAGCCGAAGAAGAGGCUCCGUCAACGGAUGCUGCUGACAGUUUGACGGCGAAGAACUUCGACCAAGGGAUCUCCCAAUCUCAACAACCAAGGAAAUCUAGGGGCAUGCCUUUAACUCAAGAGGUCCUGGCCAGGACACUUGCAGACGGCUCUACCGCUUUACAUCUAGCGGUGUCCUCUUCCAAGAAGAAGGGCGAAUCCUCGAAGGUGGUUGGUCUCUUCCUCGACAAACUCGACGAAGGUGUUGUAGCAGCUCAAACGAAGCAGGGCGAAACUAUCUUCCAUUUGAUAGCGCGGGGAAGACGAGACGAUCUACUAGAGGUGCUGACCAAAGUACCACAAAUCGGCAAGAUGCUCGAAGUCCAAUCCAAGGAUGGAUCAACAGCAUUACACCGGGCCAUAGAGGAUGGUUCUUCCAAGCUCCAAGAGCGGCUCAUAAACUGGAUGAGUGACGCAGCCACAUGCUCGCAGAACAAUGAUGGGGAGACUGCAUUGCAUCUCGCAGCAAGAAAGAAGCGGCCUUACAUUCUCAAGAAGUUACUGCUGAAAUUGAAGCCUUCUGCCAUCGCGACCAGAAACCAUCACGGUGAGACGGCUCUUCAUAUUGCAGCUGCCAUUGGAGACGCCGACAUCACCGCUCGCCUGCUGGCGCAAAUGACUCCAGAUGAUAUCGCUCUGUUGAACGAUAAAGGCGAAAACGCAUUCGCAAAAGCAGCUCUCACCCCUAAUCCGAAUCCAGCCAUCAUCGAGCUCAUGGUCAAGUACGAGGCUGACGUCUCAGCCCAAUACGAAACCACAUGGGCUCCUAUGGAUCAACAAGCCAGGAAUAGCGUGAGCAGCACCCUCACGGAAGUCCUCGACAAGAUCUCGUGGACCGAGUAUUCCAGCCAUACCAGUUGGCAAAUGAUUGUGCGUUGGGCUUCACGAAACGGGGAUAUCAAGACUGUGAAGAGAAUUUUAGAUGCAGUACCGGUGAAUUUUGUGGAACAGAUAGACAGGCAGGAACAGGGCAAGGCCGACCGACGUGGGAGCACCACCGUCAAGGACGAACAAAUGCCAUCUACGCCAAAGGAGAUCGCACUUUUCUGGGCGGCUCUGGGCGGCCACGAGGACAUUGUCAAACUUCUGCUGAAUCACCCAUCAUUAGAUGCGUAUUCCGCCGCUCUACGAGGGCGAACGAUCGUUGCUUAA